CAGAGGCUGCGCGGCCAUAUUCCAAGCGCGAUGUCCGCAAACCUGAGCGCAGGCUUCGACGUCACGCAGGCACCGAACGGUUCCGCGUGCGGCAUCAACCUGCGCUUCACGCACGCGUUUCUGCCGCCCGUCUUCAUGGUGCUGUUCGCGGCGGGGACCCUCUCCAACGCGUGGGGCUUAAGAAGCGUGUGCGGCGCCUGGAACAGCAUCGGCAACAUCAACAUCUUCAUGCUGAACCUGGGCCUGGCGGACCUGCAGUACCUGCUCACGCUGCCGUUCCUCGUGGCCUACUACGCCGAAGACAGCCGCUGGCGCUUCGGGGAGCCCUUCUGCAAGUUGACCCGCUUCUGCUUCCACCUCAACCUGUACGGCAGCAUCGGCUUCCUCACGUGCGUCAGCAUCUACCGCUACUUGGGAAUCGUGCACCCCAUGAGAGCGAUGGGGAGGCUCGGCAGCCGCCAUUCGCUCGCCAUCAGCGCCCUGGUCUGGUUUCUGGUCGUCGUUCAGAUCCUCCCGGACGCGUUCUUCGACAAAAGCGACCCCGGCAGACCCCACGCCUGUUUCGACACCACCUCCGACGAACGGAUCGGACAAUACCUGCCUUACAGCGUCGCCUGGACGCUGACGGGCUUCGCCGUCCCCUUGGUGAUCAUCGCGCUGUGCUACGGCCACGUGGUUUGGGUCCUCGCGCAAAAGGCCAACGUCGACCCCGCGCUCAAGCGGCGCUGCUCGAAGCUGGUGCUCCUUCUGGUCUUGCUGUUUUGCGUCUGUUUCAUCCCCUACCACGUCCUCCGAAAUGUGAACCUCCAGACCAGGAUUUGGAAGCGAGAAGGCAUCUGCCGCGACAGCUUCCGCGGCGUCUACGUUGCGCACCAGAUCGCCAGAUGUCUCGCCUGCCUCAACAGCGCUCUCAAUCCUCUCAUCUACAUUGUUGGGAAUGACGACUUCGUCGCGAGGUUCCGUCGCGUGAGCGAGCGGACCGGGAUGUCUUUGGCCAACGCGACCCGUGCGCUCCUUCACCGCCGAAGGUCGGAAGCGGGCCCAGCGGCGGCCGAGGCGGCGUGUCCGUGAGCGAACCUCACCGUCCACGUGACGCGCGUCCUGGAAGGAGUGCCCGCCGCAAUUCUGCAUCAUAUCGAACAAAAGAAAGCCAACGAGCACUUCGCUUCUUUCAAAGUCGAAAACGGUACCCUAUUGACACUCUUUGAACCGAGGAAAUACACAAAAGUGAGGAAUCAAGUUCAAGACCCGUUCCAAGAAGAAUGGAAGAACGGCUGCGUUCCCAAACGUCAUCGUCCCAGCAUGUACAGGGGCUCGACUGCUCUUCUCCUCAUUGCAUAUAUCUUACAUAUGUCUUAUAAGGCACGUGCACGUAUAGACCCCCGAGUGGUCCUCAAGCACCCGCCCUUUUGCAAAACAUACACACACACACAAAGGACCCUCUCUACAUCUGUUCAAUUUCUCGUUUUGUAUCCAAAAACCUGACAUUUCUCCUCCGUUCAAAGUUACAGUCAUUCUAUCGCAACGAUUGACCGCGUGGAUUGUGUUAACAGAAAUCAAUACACGAGUGACAUCUAUAUUGACUCAAUGGAUAAUGUCUUUUUGGGCUUGAGCGCCUGCCCCUAAAAAUGUCUGCGCGAGUGACUGUAUGCUGCUAUUGUAUUAUGAUGAUGAUUGAUAUUGUGCCGUACUGCCCCUCAACUGUCUGUACGACCCGACAGUAGAAUAUUAU